GUGUCUCCCUCAUCGUCCAACGGCCUGCCUGCCACAGGCUGACGUGCUGAACACGACUGAUGCCCCGCCUGAUGGGUUAUGGCCCUUCGAGGGCAUUCCUCUCGAGCCGUGCGAAUACGGCGACAUGCAGGACAGUAUUGCGGAGACGAUUUGCCGAUGCACCGGGGAAUGCGAACAAGACGCCCGCAACAACGCCAGGAGCUGUACCCGGAGUAGCGCCAAGCAGCAAGCCAUCUGUCUCUCCCCCCUCCCAGGCAGCAAUACCACCGCCUCGUCCCAGGAAACGCCGCUUUGGAUUCUUCACCCGAACCGCAUUCUACGGUUCCACUCUGGCCAUCGUCUUUUACUCCGUUGCAACGUUCUUCGCCCUCAGAAACGACCGCUGGCAUGACCUUUUUGUUGAGUCGGUUCCGCUCGGAGAAACUAUUAUGGACUACUUCGAUGAAGUCGAGCUGAAGGCUGCCGCUGCUUACAUGAAAUCUGAGGUGGAAAGAGCCGCGUCUGAACCGGACAGCCCGCCGCUUGCCUCAUCGAGAGCCCGGGUUCGUUCGCAAAUUCCGGAUCAGAGACCUACAGCUGAGGAGGAUCUGAGUAAACGGGCAGCAGAACUCAAGGAGAGGGCACAGCGAAAGUUGGAGUCUCUGGCUGAUGCAACGGGAAAGGAUGUUGAGGAAUUGAAGCGUCAGGCACAAGCUGAAAUUGAUCGACUCGCCACGACGCAAGGCUCGUUAACGAGCAAAUCUCGUGAAGUCAUUGCAGGGAAAGCUUCAUCUCCUCGGCUCAAGUUCUCCGACCCCGAGACGAACAAGUUGGUGAAAGAAGCAGAGGCGGCUUUGAAAGGCCCAUCUUCAUCGGACGCGCACCUAGCAUCAAAGUCGGAGGACGCCCUCAAAGUGGAUAAGAACGCGCCGAGCCCCCCACCGCCUCCCCACCAAACCGCACCCUUGCCAGGGAAUGUUUACACCAGCCCGCUUCCCCUUGGUUUUGAACCGCCUCCCGGAUAUCGUCUCCCUAGCAAAGAUAAUGCUGUCAGUGUCAUGCCGAAACCCACAGAGGCAUCCCAUGCCCGGCCGUUCAGCCCAACUGAACCUCCGUCGGGACCUACCGACCCAUCCAGACAGCCAGAUGCUCCACCAGCUGCAGAACCGCUCCCUCUGGUCUCCUCGUUAAUCACAAUGGAGCACAAAUCUUCCGAGCCCGUUAUCGCCCAGCUUGCUUCCACUAUCGAUGCGCUGUCCGCUCAGUUGUCUUCGACGUCCAACCCCACUGCCAUCUCAAGCGCUCGGGGUGUGAUCGAUACAGCAAAGACUGAUCUUGAACAGCUUGCUCAGCGGAUGGAACAUGUCAAAGAAGAGCAACGUCAGGAGCUCUCGAAGAAGCUUGAAUCAACAAGAGAUGAAUGGGAAGGAAAGCUUCGCGGUCUUGAAAAGGAAGCUCAAGAGAAGCUGGACAAGCAAGAGGAUGGCUGGAAACACGCAUUCGAGGGCGAAAAGAGCAAGCUCAUCACUGAAUACAAGGAAAAGCUCCAGGCAGAGCUGGACACCCAGAGCGAACUCAUCAACCAGAGGUUAAAGGAGGAAGUCAUUGCUCAGGGCAUCGAGCUUCAGCGCCGAUGGAUCCGCGAGAUCAAAGUUCGUGUCGAACAAGAACGAGGUGCGCGUUUGGCCAAGCUGGAGGAUCUUUCGAGCUCGUUCAAACAAUUGGAGCGUCUCACGCUUGACAACUCCGCAUACCUCGACGAGAAUCUUCGCCUGCACGCUCUGAAUGCCGCCUGUCACGCAUUACAGAAUGCUAUCGAUGCACCUGUCAGAAAGCCAUUCAGGACUGAGCUCCGGAUUUUGCGGAAUAUGACCGCAGCAAAGGAAGACCCUGUUAUCACUGCUGCUCUGGACUCGCUCGAAGCAAGUGAUCUGCCUGACGUCGGCGUUGAGCCCUACACGGAUUUAGCCACCUGGUUUACAACAACAGUCUACCCGCGCGUCGUCAGCGUUGCACUGGUGCCCGAUGAGAAUGCUGGCGUCUUAGAACAUAUCGCUUCCAGCAUCCUUUCCCACCUCCGAUUCAAACGGCGUGGUCUCGUUGAAGGCAACGAUGUUCUUAGCAGUCUUGCGCGGGCUGAGCACUACGUCGGGGAGAAAGACUUGGAGAACACGGCGCGGGAGCUUAAUCAGCUCAAGGGAACCGCAAAAAUAUUACUGGGUGACUGGCUAGCAGCCGCCAGAAGGCGAUUGGAAGUGGAACAGGCCCUAGAGGUCGUCAAUACUCAGGCUACGCUUGCUUCACUUCUGGUAGUAUAAAAGCGUACUUUGUACAAAUCCCUGAAUAAUCGAAAGAGCAAUACAUUGCAAAGUGUAUGCGGUCGAUAACCGAUUGCUUCAUUUUGUCAUUUGUUGUUGCGGAUACAGCAGGAAGGGAUACACUGAAACGGGGAAUGAAUCUACUCAUCAGCGACAAUUCUACAUCAUCCCAGAAGUCUUUCGUGCUCCUCUCCAUUUGGCUUCUUGGAUCCAUAUAUUUUGUCCUUGACCCGUGUGAACUCAGUCGCAAUACCAUCACGUGCACCUAUCAGGACUCGUUUGCAAAACACAUCCCUCGUGUCGAUCCGAUCUGGGCGCAGACGAUGUUCGGGGUCAACCACGAUGACCAGCGCCAGCACCGUGAUGACAAUCGUUGCCAGCGCAGUACUCGAGGCGAUAAGAAACAUCAUUAUCAUCUGCAAUUUUGCAGCUUGUUCGACAGACGAGCCGCCAAGGAUAGCACCGCUCAUCAAGCCCGGGAUGCUGAUUAUGCCAA